UUUAACCAAAUUAUUGAGCUGCGCACUUCAAUGCGUCGUUACGGUUUUCAGCGCACAAGGAAAACAUUUGGGUAGAUCGCUUAUUUUUUAAUCCAAGAAGAUUAUUUUUUUAUUAUUUUUAACAGUUAAAAUAAGUUUUUUUUCUUCUUUUAUUUAAUUCCUUUUUUUCUUUGCUGGCUUAAUACAACUAUUUUCGGCUAAGCGAAGCCAACAGCAUGGAGGCUGAAAAAAGCGCAGGAGGAGCUGAAGACCUGCAGCUCGAACCCUCACUGCGCAAGCCGCGUGCUGGGUCUCUGCACAAACACUGCUAUGAGCUGGCCGAAGCCCUGCAGGUCGAGCAAGAAGGGCUGGUGGAGCACCAGCCUCUGGAACAGGACGACCUCAACUUUGAGAGAUGGAAGCCCAAGCCAAAGCCGAAGAGGACACUGCAUGAAAAGAUAGACGACCUGAAAACAUACCUGUGGAACCCAGAGACCAAGGAGUUCAUGGGGCGUUCAGGAAAGAGCUGGAGCCUCAUUCUUUUUUUCUACUCAGCGUUGUACAUUUUCCUGGCAGCCAUGUUCGGAGGAUGUAUGUGCUGCCUCAUGUGGUCCAUUAGUCCCUACACCCCAACCUACAAUGACCGGGUGAUGCCUCCAGGUAUGACAAUGGCACCACAUGUAGAUGUUGUUCAUGGGGUUGAGAUUGUCUUCAACGCCUCUGACCGCCAUUCGUGGAUUAAAUAUGUAAAGGCAUUACAGACUCAGCUUAAAUCCUACAACGAUGCAACUCAGGAGAAGCGUAAUAUUGCAUGUAAGCAGGACGAAUACUUCAUGCAGGAGGACCUGGAGGAGAGCGCAGAACGCAAAGCCUGUCAGUUCAAGAGGUCCCAGUUGGGGCCGUGCUCGGGCUUAGAGCAUAAAGACUUCGGUUACUCUGAAGGAAAGCCUUGCAUCCUACUCAGAAUGAACCGGAUUCUUGGCUAUUUGCCUGGUCAGGGUACUCCAGUGAAUGUCACAUGUGCUAUUAAAAAAGGGAUGUCUGAUGAACUUGGAGCAGUUGAAUUUUAUCCAAAAAACAUUUUCAACUUGAUGUAUUAUCCUUACUAUGGAAAGCGUAGGCAUGUGAACUACACUUCUCCACUGGUGGCGGUUCGCUUCCCCAGCAUCCAGUCCGACACUCAUCUACACGUGCAAUGCAAGCUAAACGGCAAGGGCAUCAUCAACGAUUCACCCACCGACCGCUUCCUCGGCAGCGUGUCCUUCUCUCUACAAGUUGGCGCGUAGUGUCGGAGCACAGACGCAGUCGAGCUACACUUAAAACUUCUCAGUGUAUAUCAUGGUUCAAAUAGUCCAACGUACCAUUAGGCAUCUAUCCAAUUUCCCCGCCACCGUGCUCUUCACUUCACUUUGUGUUUAGUACAUACACUCAAACGAAAUCCCCUACUAGUGUAGAGUAGAAUAAUCUGUAGAGGAGCAACAUAGCAGAAUGUAUUAUAUUAGAGUAAUUAAGAGUUUCAUUUCAUUGCAUUAAUAUUUGUCACUUUAAAAUCACAAAGGUAGUUUUUGAGCCAGAUGUGUUCAAAGGUAGAUGUGUACAUUGAACAGUGUGGGCGGUCAGGUUUGGGCUUUGGGUCAGUUUACUAUAAAGAAUUAACCUGCUUCUUUUGUAAAAAUCAACUAUAAUUGUUUCACUGAAGUAAAAAUGGUGUAAUAAUUGUUUAAUACAAUCAUUUUACUCUUAUAAAUAAAUAAUAUGAAUAAAAUACAAGGGGCAAAAAGAAGAUAAAGAACUAUAUUAAAAUACAGGUAAAAAUAUUUGUACAGCAACCAACAUGAUAUGCAUAAAGAACCUAAAAAUACCAUUUAAGUGCAUAAAAUGCCAUUUGUACAAUCAGUCACCAGAAAUAUUGUCAGUAUUGAUCAAGUAUUGAAAUUGAAUUGGCCUUUAUUUGCAAUUAUUGUUAGUAUCCAAUCAUGUCUUCUAACAAAUAGUUUUAUGAAUAUAAUGAAUGAUUUCUUUGCAUCAGGAACUAGAUUUACUUGUGUUUAUUAGUACUACUAAAUAGUUUGUUCAGAGACAAAUACGUUUUACUGAACAGUAAAACUGAAGUAACUUUUAAUGAUCAGAUUUUGCUCAGAGUCCGACCUCUCCACGGAUUAUAAGCGUUUUAUACAUUCCAGCGCCAUACAAACACGAUCCCACAUCCAGAGGCAAAUUGAUUUUAAAUAUACUGUAGGGUGUGGAACACUGUACCUGCCUGGUUCUCUGUGAGAAGGAUUUCAACAGUACUAUUUAUUAAUUGUAUUUGCAUCGAUGACAUGGUACAAUUACUUAUUAACUAUGAACGCUAGAUGAAAAUAGGAGAGUUGGUGGAGCAGUGAAUGUUGUGAUGUGUCGAACAGCGGACCAUUGUUCCAGCUCAUGUUUUUCAAAGCACUCCUAAUGUUCUAGACAUAAACAAUAAAGAUGGAUCAGGAUUAACAAAAUUAA